ACUAUUUAGUAGUACUUAAUCACUCAGUUAGAGCCGACGCAAAUGCGGUUACGUAUUUUAUUACGAUAACAGACAAUGUGAUAAUAGUUAUACUAACUGUAGCGAAAUUAAUAACUUGUUAACAUAAAAAUGUAUCAAUCGAUUGUGAUUGUAACCUUUGUGUGUGUAAUAGAAGCCGCUGUUGUAAAACAGGACUUGUUUCGAUUGGAUAUAGUGCAUUAUAAUGAUUUUCAUGCGAGAUUUGAAGAGACCACGGUGUCAUAUCCGGUCUGUGUGUCAAAUGAUACCUCGUGCUUAGGAGGCUACGCUCGCCUGUACUACGAGAUUAAGGCUUUGCUGAAGGAGAAGCCAGGUGCAUUGCUUCUAAAUGCUGGAGACACCUUCCAGGGGACGUAUUGGUAUACUUUGCUGAAGUGGAACAUCACGCAGAAGUUCAUUAACUUGCUACCCAAUGAUGCUCAUACCAUAGGCAACCAUGAAUUCGACGAUGGUAUUGAGGGCCUAGCACCAUACCUCGCGGCACUCAAAGCUCCUGUUGUGGUAGCGAAUAUUGAUACCAGUUUAGAGCCUUCCCUCGCAGGCUUGUAUCAACCACAUAUUGUCCUAAAAAGAAGGGGAAGAAAAAUAGGAAUUAUUGGCCUGAUUACAACAGAAACAAGGACGUCAUCAAAUCCUGAAAAAGUGAAAUUUUUGGACCCAAUAGCAGUAGUUCAGAGGGAAGCACAGAUUUUAACCGAUAAAGGAGUAGACAUAAUAAUAGUGCUUUCACACUGCGGGCUUGAAGUCGAUAAGAAAAUAGCAAGCACUGUCGGUGAAAACAUUGACGUGAUAGUCGGCGGACAUUCCCACAGCCUUCUCUGGAAUGGGAAAUCACCCAGCAAUGAAUACAUUUCCGGACCAUACCCCGUUCUGGUUAAAACUGAUUCACAACCCGAUCAUGAAGUCCUGAUAGUAACUGCUGCGUGUUUCACAAAGUACCUCGGCAAUCUUACCGUCUACUUCGAUCAAAAGGGUAACUUGAAAGAGUUUAGCGGUGAACCCGUCUUUCUCAAUAGAUCCAUCCCCGAAGAUCCAGAAGCAAUGGCUCUGUUAAAACCUUACACCGAAAAAUUGCGUUAUCUGGUCGAAGAAAAAUUGGGAUAUGUGACGGAUAACUUCAUCGCAAAAGAUUGUGGUUUACAGGAAUGUGCAAUUGGUGACUUCAUUGCUGAUGCCUGGUUAGAUAGUGCGAAGAAUAUGAAAGUUUCAAAUCUAACCCACGUUGCUUUCUUGUUAAGGAAUAUGAUGCGCGGAUCUAUCCCUAAGGGAGAUAUAACAAGAGGCGAAGUAAUCAAUGUUCUACCAUUCACAAAUACAGUAAUAACAUUUGCACUGAAAGGCAAAUAUUUAAUAGAGGCUUUCAGAAAUUGUAUGUCCAACUAUUGGGUUGCUAAACCAUUCCAUGGGCCAUGGAUGCCACAAGUAGCUGGGCUACGUUUAACUCUAAACUUGACAACAAACUUGACUAUAGAUGUGUCAGUAAAAGAAGGAGAUGAAUACGUGCCACUAGAUCCAGAAAAAGAGUAUCAGGUUACAACGCUCAGCUUCAUUUGUAAGGGUGGCAAUGGUUUUGAUAUGUUAAAGAACGAAGGAAGGAAUAAGAUAACAGUUGGCAGAGACUCAGAUAUUGUAGAAAACUAUGUACGUCAACGAUCACCGAUCGUGCCGACUUUGGACAAUAGACUCAUUGUAAUAAAUUAAUUUAUUUUAGGUUGC